AUGGCUGCGAAACAUUCACAAGAACGAAGACAAGCAAACACCCGCGCCAGAAGCAACCGGAGGGCAAACACGUUGGAGAGCGAGAGCGGGCUAUCUGCCGAUUCAGGCGCAGAAAUGACCAAUUUACUCAAGAAGCUAAACAAUUCUGUAGCAGGAAGGAAGUCAGCUAAUGACGGGCGCCAGAAGUUUCAGGCUCAACACAAAGCGAGUGUCGGGAAGAUUGAAGACAGGUUACGGGAGGUCUCUCGAUCGAACAAGCAAGCCAUCCUAAAAUAUCGUAAGACACAACUGGACCGGCUCCAGGAACUGGCAAAGAGAAAACUCGAGAUUGAAAAUGAGAUAGCUAAGCAUGUGCUAUUGCUGGAGAAGGAGUAUAAGGCAGCAAAUCGAACCGUGCAGGUCAUGCUCCAAAAAAAGAUCGAAACUCUUCAGGAGUGA